GGGGCCGCCUGGCCGCCCGCCGAGCGCGUGAGUGACCCGGACCGGACCGGACCGGAGGCGGCGCUCCUCGCCGCGGGGCUGGGCCAAAAAGACUGACCAAGAGCUAAAAGAUGAAGAAAUGGAAUUGUUCACAAAAUAUUACAUGGAAUGGAAAGGAGGAAGAAAAAGUGGCAUUACAUCAUAUACAAACAUACCACGGUUUUACUACAGGUUGCCAGCUGAAGAUGAAGUCUUGCUGCAGAAAUUAAGAGAAGAAUCCAGAGCAGUCUUUCUGCAAAGAAAAAGUAGAGAGCUGUUGGAUAAUGAAGAGCUGCAGAAUCUGUGGUUUCUACUGGACAAACAUCAGACAUCACCAAUGAUUGGGGAAGAAGCAAUGAUCAACUAUGAGAACUUCUUGAAAGUUGGUGAAAAAGCUGGAACUAAAUGCAAGCAGUUCUUCACAGCGAAGAUCUUUGCUAAAUUACUUCAUAAUGAUCCUUAUGGGAGGAUUUCUAUCAUGCAGUUCUUCAAUUAUGUCAUGCGAAAAGUGUGGCUUCAUCAGACAAGAAUAGGUCUUAGUUUGUACGACGUGGCAGGACAGGGCUACCUCAGAGAAUCAGAUUUAGAAAACUAUAUUUUGGAACUCAUCCCUACUUUGCCACAGCUGGAUGGUUUAGAAAAAUCUUUUUACUCCUUCUAUGUCUGCACAGCAGUUAGAAAGUUCUUCUUCUUUCUCGAUCCUCUCAGAACAGGGAAGAUAAAGAUUCAGGAUAUUUUAGCUUGCAGCUUUCUAGAUGACUUACUGGAGUUAAGGGAUGAAGAACUUUCUAAAGAAAGUCAGGAAACAAAUUGGUUUUCUGCUCCUUCUGCAUUAAGAGUUUAUGGCCAGUACUUAAACCUUGAUAAAGAUCACAAUGGCAUGCUCAGCAAAGAGGAACUGUCUCGGUAUGGAACAGGGACUCUGACCAACAUAUUUUUGGAUCGUGUCUUUCAGGAAUGCUUAACUUACGAUGGUGAAAUGGACUAUAAAACCUACCUGGACUUUGUGCUUGCAUUAGAAAACAGAAAGGAGCCUGCAGCUCUGCAGUAUAUUUUCAAGCUGCUUGAUAUAGAGAACAAAGGAUACCUGAAUGUCUUUUCCCUUAAUUAUUUCUUUAGGGCUAUUCAGGAACAAAUGAAAAUCCAUGGACAAGAGCCUGUUUCUUUUCAGGAUGUCAAGGAUGAAAUCUUUGAUAUGGUGAAGCCUAAGGAUCCAUACAAAAUCUCCCUUCAGGACUUAAUCAAUAGCAGCCAAGGAGACACUGUUACCAGCAUUCUAAUUGAUCUGAAUGGGUUCUGGACAUACGAGAACAGAGAGGUCCUUGUAGCAAGUGAUAAUGACAGUGCUGCUGAUGUUGAUGAUACAUGACUGUGAACAGGAGCAGACUCUGUCCAUAGAGAUACCUCAGUCUGAUGCAGCAGCUGUUUGAAGCUGGAAACAUUCAUUAUUUCAACCAGUGGCUCUUCCAUUUUACUUACCUUCCUCCCUUAUCUCCCUCCCCCACAUGAUACAAAAUGUGGUAUGUACAGGAAUAGCAGAAUUAAUUUCUUAAAUCAAAAAAGCAACUGUUGUUGUUUAGGAGUUUAAAAUUCUUUUUUUUUUUUUUUUUUUUAAAUAAAUAUUUUUGGACUU